ACGAGGCUCACAGUAGAGUUAGGUUAAGGAGAUUAACUCAACAGCCUCGGACUGUAGACUUCCAGCCCGCCUGCGUCCGGUUGGGUAAAGACAAAGAGGGCCUGCAACUGAGGACAAACGCCCCAAUGCAGCUGUUUCAGUAGUCCUGUGUGAUCCCAUCUGGCUCCACCACUCUGGUGGGAGAUGAUGGUCUGAAAGUGGGUUGAGCCUUCAGGAUUUCCUCAAUGUUUUCAUCUUAAAACCUGGACUAGGGUGUUUACCUCCCGACCCACCGCCCAUCACGGCCCUCACCUGUGUGUUGCGGUGCUUCCCUUGUGAGCCGACCUGGGCCGGCAGUCCCUUUUUGCACCGCCCGCCUACUCCGCCCAUGGUCAGAAUGACGCGCUCCAAGACUUUUCAGGCUUACCUGCCGAGCUGCCACCGGACCUACAGCUGCAUCCACUGCCGGGCCCACCUGGCAAACCACGACGAGCUCAUAUCCAAGUCGUUCCAGGGCAGCCAGGGCAGAGCCUACCUGUUCAACUCAGUGGUGAACGUAGGGUGUGGUCCUGCAGAGGAGAGAGUUCUGCUCACAGGCCUCCACGCCGUAGCAGAUAUCUACUGUGAGAACUGCAAGACCACGCUGGGCUGGAAAUAUGAACAUGCCUUUGAGAGCAGUCAGAAGUACAAAGAGGGCAAGUUCAUCAUCGAGCUGGCCCACAUGAUCAAGGACAACGGCUGGGACUGAGCGACAAGGACACGACCGCAGUGGAAGGGGGACGGGCUUGGGUGAAUGGACGGGGAGGGUGGGAGGGUGUUGGGGGUCUAGCGGGUGAGUGUGUGACUUUGGUUUGGCUGAUUUACCAUUAACCUCUCUGUAAGUCCCUGCCCAUCCCUCCCUACAGCGCCUCUUAUACACACCGACACUCACACGGGACUUGCGUCAGGUCGCAGACAUCCGAGCCAGGCGGGCUGGCCAAUGACCGCGUGAGACAAGACUAGUCUCUUUUCCUUACUGAAACCUGAUUCGCCGUCUUUAAAGGUUUGCACACACAAGUAGAGUGUGCGGUAAAAAGCAUCCAGCAGCCGACCUUGCUCGACUAUUCUUCCUCCCCCCCUAUAGAUAGCGAUGACCUAAGGUGAUUAUAGCAAAUCGACUUGAUUGGGGCGGUGCCAGCUGGGCCAGUCAUGAGGUUUGGCACGAAGGCCCGAGCACAUGGGUCACAGCGGGUGGGUGCGGGGAUUGAUGCUUACCAGGCUAGGUUCACUAAACACAAAACAGGAGGGGGCAUAGAUCCUGUUCCAGUUCUCCAGGGGCUUUGAUGGCUUCUGGCUGGGAGUCGGUCCAGCUCGAGUUCGGCUUCUUUGAAAGAGAUACAGAAGGACCGCCUCAUAAACCUCCCUGCCGCACCCAAGAAGUUUGGUUUGAAAUUAGCCGUUUAAAGUGAUCCGCAGAGUCUCAAGUGGUCCCCAAAAGGCCUGAACGACACGAGCGCCAUCGGAAACUAUGAUCGUUCACUACUUUUGAUUCAAAGAAACGGUCAAAGCAUGGCUGGUUUUCAUAGUUCGACAUUGAAACUAACGUUUCACAUAGUGGUGUGCAUUCUCACUUACAGGAAAAACUUUGUUUACGUGAUUUUGUCUUCAUCGUCAUCCGUUUUUUUUUUUUGUUGCCAGUCACACACAAACACGUCCCUGCAGUGAAUUCCCAGAACAAUGACCUGCUCUUGCUGGUGGCUAAACAAUAGUGUAAUAUCCGACUACAGUGUAAUAGCACACUGUUUUUUUUUCUGUUCACAGAAACUGCUCCAGUGGUGAUUGUUUUAACUGCUCUCAACAUAAACUUCCUUACUGGCGUCCUCUGCAGUAGACGUUUGUUUUUGAUUUCUUCCUGUCAGUAAAUGUUUGCUGUAUUUUGGCCAUAAUUUUAGUUGUGUAACCCCAUUUUACAUGAUUUUUCCUAAGAGGGUUUUUAUUAGGCCUCUUACUGGAUCAAAUAUUGUCCCACAAAUCAUUGCUGAUGAUUGAUAUCGUCAGCAUUAUUCCGAGACCAAAUUAAGCGCUGAUGUAAUCAUAACGUAUUUCCAAACAAAAACUUUGAAGUUAUCAUUAGUUUUUAAACCAUUGUAAAUUCAAGGUUAGAAUCUUUUUUCUUAUUUAGACUUAAGAAACAGAAAUUAAAUAAACUCUCAGUCUCUGGUACCAAAAAUUGCACUGAGUUGCAAAGAUGCAGUUUUUCCCCAGUUGGAAAACUGUGUCAGGUGGUUUGUUUUGUAGUCUUUUUUUUGUUACCAUCCCUUUCUAACAAAUUUGGCUCACUUGUUUGAAGCCAAAAUAUUCACACACUGGAACCAUUUGAUUUUAUAUCACCUUUUUCCUUCUAAUUUGUGUUACCUUGCGGUGCUUCUCGAGGGAAACUCUAUGUCUGUGCAUCCUGUGUGUGUAAACUAGUGGUCCCGCCUCCGCCCACAGAGUCAAAGAUUGCGAAUGACUGACGAGAGGGUUCACGUCGUCCAUUUAAUUUUGCUGUUGAAUAAAGGCGCAAACGUGCUGCGAGCAAACCCUUUCCUAGCCUGUUUGAAAGCGAGAAACGAAGAAAACACACACAUGUGGUAAUUUAUCAAUUUCGGCAAAGUUUUCGAGUUCAUUUUCAUUUAUCGUUCAAAUAAUUGAUUUAUUGGCCUCAAUUUUAAUGUCGAAUUAUUUCCCAGGUGUCCAAUACAGUGGCAGUUAUUUGAUAAUACUACAAAACCAAUUAGGACAAACAAGUCUUUCAUUUAUUUUUUUUAUAAAAGCAUGAAACAUUUUCGAUAUAUUUUUUUUCACUGAAAUUUGUUAAUCAAUUUCAGCCUUAAACAUUUUUUUUCACUUUAAACUUUUUAAUGCCUUUUGAUAAAAUUAUGUUACAUAAAUUUGCAAAACACAAGCUAUUUUACUUAUUUAAAACUCUGACAUAAUUUGAUCAAAAGGCUUUCAAAAGGGGCAAAAAAGAUGUAUAUAUAUAGAAUAUGUUUGGUAUUGUUUCACAUGUGUCGAAUACACUGGCAGUUAAUUGAUAAUACCACAAAACCAAAUAGGACAAAUAAGUCCUUUUUUUUAUUUAUUUUUUUGAAAAAGCAUGAAAAAUUUAAGAUAAAAAAUUAUUUCACUCAAAUCUUUUAGUUAGUUUCAGCCUUAAAUAUUUUUUUUUACUUUAAACUUUUUAAUGCCUUUUGAUAAAAUUAUGUUACAUAAAUUUGCAAAACACGAGCUAUUUUACUCAUUUAAAACUCUGACAUAAUUUGAUAAAAAGGCCUUCAAAAGGGGCAAAAAAAAAAAAUAUAUAUAUAUAUAUAAAUAUAUAUAUAUGUUUGGUAUUAUAUUUCACAGGUGUCCAAUACACUGGCAGUUAAUUGAUGAUACCACAAAACCAAAUAGGACAAAUAAGUCCUUUGGGUUUUUUUUUAAAAAGCAUGACAUUUUAGAUACAAAUUAUUUCACUCAAAUAUUUUAAUCAAUUUCAGCCUUAAAUAUGUAUUUUUUUACUUGAAACUUUUUAAUGCCUUUUGAUAAAAUUAUGUUACAUACAUUUGCAAAACAUCAGCUAUUUUACUCAUUUAAAAACCUCUGACAUAAUUUGAUCAAAAGGCCUUCAAAAGGGGCAAAAAAAAAAGAUAUAUAUAUAUACAUUUGGUAUUGUGAAUGGUGUCUGUCUAUCUGUUUUGACCCUGUGAUGAGGUAGGGACUUGUCCAGGGUGUAGGGAGCCUUCCUCCUGAUAGCAGCUGAGAUAGGCUCCAGCACCCCCCGUGACCCCGAACGGGUCAAGCGGUAGAAAAUGGAUGGAUGGAUUUUUGUUUAGGACUGAAGUUUAUUAAGACAAAAUAAGAGUUAAAAUAAAUACAAAUCCAACAUAUUUGUACACCAUACAAAAACUUUAGGACUUUUAUUUCCUGUUUGGCUUUGAAAAUAAUUAAAAUCUAAUUUCCCUAGAAGGUUACAUUUGAAAAAAAUGUAAAAAACACACUGACAAAUGUCCACUGCAGAAGACACUGUCCCUCCGGUGAGUUUGAAAUGUGUAAGAAAGAUCCACCUUUUGAUCUCCAUAAUGUAGUAACAUAAAAAAAAAAAACAUUUUUAGGUCAUAUUCCGUUGACUUCUUGUGCAUUAGAGGAGCUUUUCCCCCCCCCCCUCCCUCUGCGAAUCGAGUGCCACUCUGGUGGAAAUGUUUCAAACGAGAGAAUCCAUUUAAUUUUCCGUCUCGUAAAUCGCACCACAAAUAUACAGUAUGCAUGAGCUAAAGUGCAGGGUAGUCCUCCUCAGAGAGGAGAAGCGGGUACUGAAAGUGGCGCCGUUUCUGUGCAAUCCAGUCAUAACAGAUGUAAAAAAAAAAUAAAAAAAAAAAUCAGGAAGUAGAACGUCUGUCCCCUCAGGAUUCCUGUCAUCGUCUUGUUGUUUCUGAGCUUUUCAAAACAGGAACAUUGCUGUAAAAAGCCCCCCCACUCCCAUGUUGGAAUCUGGUCCACAACCAAAGAAAGCACCUGUCAACACUAACCUGACCAAACAAAAUGUUCCUUAUUUUGCUCGGGCAACGUUGUGCAAAACGAUGGUGUGUAUUAAUAGCUGAACGCCAAGGCUGUGCAUAGACUUCUCUGUAUGUAUCUUUUAUUUUGUAAACAACAGAUCUUAAUAUAUGAAUAUAUUGUAUGUACUGCAUUCACCAUUCAUGUCAAGCACCGUGUUACUGAAUGUAAAUAGUUGCCAUGUUGUCAUGUUUUAUCUACAAGCCCUACGAUGAUGAAUGAAUUUGAUUUGGGUCAUGUCACACUUGCUCUCUGGUUGGCUCUACAAAAUGACUUUUUUUUUUUUUACCCAAAAUGUUUUGAUUUAAAAGUCUUUUGUAAAGAGAGAUGUUGAUGUUGACUUCAUAUUUUUGGAUCAUCAUCUAAUAAAAUGGACCUUGACAAGUA